AUGUCGCUCCCGGGUCUCGAGCUAACGCAGCCAUCGGAGGAAAGAUCGCAGGCACCCGCGCAACCAUCACAGAUCAGCCUGACCCCAGGCUCGGAGUGGCGGUUUGAGGUCGCCUUUGGACAUAUUAUCAAAGUAAAGCUUCUCAAUGGAACCGCUGAACUCUUCGGUACAGAGCUUGCCGAAUCGCAAACCUACACAUUUACCGGCACAAAGGCGGCAAUCUUCACAUGGCAUGGCUGUGCACUUGAAGUCACCGCGAUUGAAACAGCAUCAACAACAUCUGAUGGAGUCACACCGACAGUGGGUCAUGGCGCAGGAGGCUGUCAAAGCGAAUACACGGCGGAGGAAACGCCAAUGGUAGAAUAUGCCAACGUACACUUUGCGCUGGAGACAAUGCGGGAAGAAGCCCAAUCAAUAGGCAAGGAUGGCCCGCGCGUGCUCCUUCUCGGCUCUGAAAACACCGGAAAGACAAGUUUGGCAAAGAUUUUGACCGCAUAUGCGACGAAGAUCGGUCGUCAGCCGUUGGUCGUGAACCUCGACCCUACGGAGGGUAUGCUUGGCGUCCCUGGUACACUGACCGCGACUGCCUUCCGUACCAUCUUGGACGUCGAAGAUGGCUGGGGAAGCAGUCCCAUGUCCGGGCCCAGCCCUGUGCCUGUCAAGCUGCCGCUUGUGUACAGUUACCCAAUGCAAAGCCCGCUGGAUGGCGAAGGCGUCGUGUACCGACCAGUCGUCUCACGCCUUGCACUGUCUGUCACAGGCCGGAUGGCCGAAGAUGAGGAUGCGCGCGAAACGGGAAUCAUUGUCGAUACACCCGGAAUCCUUGGCACAGACAAGCCCGGCACUAUGGAACUCAUUAACCACAUUGUCACAGAGUUCUCGAUUACAACGAUCCUGGUACUGGGUUCGGAGCGCCUGUACAGUACUGUUGCCAGACAAUAUGACAACAAGCCCACCUCCAGCGCAACAGCCGCUGUCUUCGACGAGCACAUCUCCGUCGUCAAGCUUUCUAAAUCGGGUGGCUGUGCUGACCGUGACGAUGCCUUCCGCAAGGCAACACGGGAGUCCCAAAUUCGUUCCUACUUCUUCGGAAACCCCAUCCCGUCCUCCUCGCCAUCUUCCGCCAUCACACUCUCUCCCCACGCACAGCAACUUGACUUUGCCUCUCUCCCCGUAUACAACUACACCGUCUCUUCAGCAGAUGAUGAAGACGAAGACGAAUACGACCCUUCCCAGCUGGGAACAGGCGACUCCUUCCUUCCCGGUGGUGGUGGCAUGGAUGACUACGCCUCACACGAAACGAAGCAAGACCCAGACCGCGCCGCCCCGCUCCCUGGUGUUGUGGGCUCAUUCUCAGAGUCCGCUGACCACGCAAAUUCCAACGCCAACGCCAACAACGCCAGCAGCGUCCCCCUGAAAAAGGUUCUCCCACCUGCUCCCUCUGCGCUGGCAAAUACCCUCCUUGCAAUCACUCAUGCACCUACCACGGCAUCCCCCGCCGAAGUACGUGACGCGAGUAUCAUGGGCUUCUUGUAUGUUGCUGAUGUCGACGCGGAUAAGGGCAAGAUCCGUGUGCUUGCGCCUGUCGGCGGAAGAAUGCCUCCUCGCGCUAUUAUAUGGGCGAAGCGUUGGCCUGGGGAGUUGGUUGGGUUGGUUGGUUAG